AACAAAAGUUUACGCAUGCGUAUCAUACAAAAAACUAACAUUCGUUUGUUUUUGUUUGUCGUUUAAGAGAAGAAUGGCCGAUUCGUUGACAAAGUACGGCCUUUAUAUAGAUGAUCUAAGUAAGAUUUGUAUUUUAGAACCGGAAGUAGCUAAUCAAACGAAUAAAUUAAAGGAGGAAUGUCAAAAUUUCGUUACCAGAAUCGUGGAAUUUCAAAAGAAUUGUAAUAAAUUCAUUGACCUGACGGACAAUUGGGCGAAUGAGGUCGAAAAAGAAAAAAUGCGAACAAUUGGCGCGCGAAAUUUAUUACGUUCGGUUGAAAAACAACGAGAUGCGCAGAAACAACAAAUACAGGCAUUGAUCAUGGAGAAAUCAAUGGAAUUAGAACGUUUGAGGAUUCAAUAUGACUCGUUAAAAAAAAUUGAAAUGGAACAAAUAGAAACGAUUGAACAUUUAACAGUAAAUUAAAAUUCAACUACACAAAAAAUAUCAUAACAAUUGUAUUUUGAUAUUAAGGGAAAGAGCGUAUUGAAAAAUAAAAAAGAAAGAAAAGAAAAAAAGAAAAAAAAAAAAAAACAGAAAAAUUAAGUUAGAGACUAAUCGAAUGAACAUAUAUUAUGAAUAUUACUAUCAUACAUAAGUUUAUGAGACGAAGUUUGUAGUUUAAGAGAAUGCAUGGGGGUGAAGGGGUUGGAGGUGUACGAGAGAACCCUUCUUAAUGAGAAAAAUGGUGUUAAGAGUACGCAGUACACUUAUCGGUUAAGUUGACAAACCCCUGAAUUGAAAAGGCACAUCAGUUUUAUUUUCUGAAUCGAUACUCUAGAGAUUCGCAGACAAGUAUCGUUAUAAAAAUCUACAAACAGUCGGUCAAUCCGAAUUGACAAUUUCAUUUGAGAAUGCUCUACGACACAAGAGAAUCAAGUUAUUAAUUUUUCAACAGCGAUUACAGUUUUAGGCACUGCAAUAGUGUUUUGUGCUUUUGUAUUUUAAUUAGGUCUUUCGUUCCAUAUGUUUCUUCUUUUU